UCAGAACUGUUGUUAUAACAGAGAAACAGCUGGCAACUAGAUGUUUUUGUCUCUUGUCGUUUAUAUCAGCAAGUUUUGCCGUUAUUUCUCCAUGUUUAGCACUGACAGACUCACGGUUCCUGAAUAUGUCAGUAAUCGGCUACACAAGCGGAGGACGAGCUCCGGCCCUAGGGCUGUGUCUCCGGGGAUCAGCACCGACGUCCAGGCCGUGUUGGACAGCUCUCUUCCCGCGCUGCGCUCCGCCAUCCAAACACUCAAGUCUUCAAAAGACACUGGAGAUUUGGAGGAGACCCGUCUGGCCAUUGCUGAGACUUUCCAGCUCGUCAAGGAGGCCUGGGUCCUGCCCACAGUGGGCCGACAGGUAGCGGAGGAGAUCUGCAACAGGAUCCGGCUGGAUGGGGGUCUGGAGCUGCUGUUGCUGCUGCUGCAGACACCGCCUGAAGAAAUCACAUACGAGUCUGCCAAGCUCCUAGAGCAGAUUUUGGUCUCAGAAAACAGGGACUAUGUGGCACGUAUGGGGCUUGGGGUCAUCCUGAACCUGACCCGUGAGCAGGAGGAUGCCCAGCUGGCAAGGAGCGUGUCGGGCAUCCUUGAGCACAUGUUUAAACACACAGAGGAGACAUCUGCGCAGCUCAUCACUAACGGAGCACUGGACAGCCUCCUGUACUGGUGCCGUGGAACAGACCCAACUGUACUUCGGCACUGCGCCGUUGCCCUGGCAAAUUGUGCCAUGUACGGUGGGCACCGCUGCCAGAAGCUGAUGAUCGAAAAACAGGCAGCAGAAUGGCUGUUCCCACUGGCGUUCUCCAAAGAAGAUGAGCUGAUCCGGUUUCAUGCAUGCCUGGCCGUGGCUGUGCUGGCGGCUAAUAGGGAGAUAGAGAAAGAAGUGGUCAAGUCUGGUACUCUGGAGCUGGUGGAGCCAUUCAUUGCCUCGUUGGACCCUGAAGAGUUUGCACGCAACUUGUCGGACAGCGCAGACAGCAUGCAGGGCCGUACGGCUGCAGACCUGCAGCACUUACUGCCCCUGCUGGAUGGCACACGUCUGGAGGGGAAAUGCAUCGCUGCGUUCUAUCUGUGUGUGGAGACUAGUAUCAAGUCCCGUCAACGUAAUACCAAGAUAUUUCAGGAGAUUGGAGCUGUUCAGAGCCUGAAGAGAAUUGUCAUGUACUCCAGUAAUGGAACCGUCUGCUCUCUGGCUAAGAGGGCCUUAACAAUGAUGAGCGAGGACGUCCCGAGGCGUAUCCUUUCAUCUGUACCCAACUGGAAGAGCGGAGAGGUACAGACCUGGCUGCAGCAGAUUGGCUUCAGUACAUUCAUUGAACGGUUUCAGGAACUGCAGGUGGAUGGAGAUCUACUGCUCAAUAUCACAGAACAGGAUCUGAUCCAGGAUCUGGGCAUGACUUCUGGGCUCACUCGCAAGAGGUUUCUUCGAGAUCUGCGUGUUCUGAAAACCUAUGCAAACUACUCCACAUGUGACCCCAAUAACCUGGCAGACUGGCUAGCUGAUAUAGACCCACGAUUCCGUCAGUACACCUAUGGCUUGGUUCAGUCAGGAGUCGAUCGGAACAAUAUAAUCCACAUUACAGAGCAACAGUUGCUGUCUGACUGCAAUGUAGAGAAUGGAAUCCACCGUGCAAAGAUCCUUUCUUCUGUCCGCCGCCCCGCUAAACCCUGCUUAACCGAUUCCCAACCUGCGGGCCCUGAUGUGUUCAUCAGCUACCGUCGCACUACAGGUUCACAGCUUGCCAGCCUACUGAAGGUGCAUCUACAAUUGCGUGGUUUCAGCGUCUUCAUCGACGUGGAGAAACUGGAAGCUGGCAGGUUUGAGGAGAAACUGAUCACGAGUGUACAGCGAGCACGCAACUUCAUUUUGGUGCUGUCAGCCAACGCGCUGGACAAAUGCAUGGGCGACGUGGCUAUGAAAGACUGGGUUCAUAAGGAGAUUGUCACCGCCCUGAGUGGGAAGAAGAACAUUGUUCCUGUCACUGAUAACUUUGUGUGGCCUGAUCCGGCCUCUCUGCCAGAGGACAUGAGUAGCAUUCUCAAAUUUAAUGGCAUUAAGUGGUCCCAUGAGUAUCAAGAUGCCACUAUUGAAAAGAUUCUACGAUUCCUCAAGGGAUGCCCAAGCCAAGAGCAACCAGACGGAACCAAAACAGACAAAAAAGAGCCACAAAAGAAAUAAUACAUACAUCUGACCAAUAAAACCCCCUUUAUUAUGCCUAAUAAGUAGGUGUUUCCAAUAAUGACCACUGCGUAAUCAGAACACACCUGCUUACCCCUCAGAGGCCAGUGUUUCCUUUGGUUGUAUGCAUGUAGCCGGUCUAGAUAGAUACAUAAGUGUAACCUAUCCAAAGAUACAAUGGAAUUUACAAGGUGCACUCACAUUAGCAAAGUUUUGGCAGUAUUUUACAGGGGAAUAACAGUCCAUCUCAUCAAUGGUGUAGCAAUAUAUGAAGUAUCUUCAAUUUCAAACCGAGUAGCUGUCUGUUGGUCGAUGUGGUGAGUUUGUGUGACUAACCUGAACCCGGUGUGAAAUCUCCAUGGGGAAUUUUUCUGCAAAAUUCGCUAAAGUAAAUGUCACCGCUCCUUAAAUAUUAUUUACAGCUUUAUGUCUGUUGACAGCAUUUGUGGCUCUAAAUGACACCGAACACUCCUUAAAUUGUGCAUUAGUAAUCAAACUGUACUGACUGUGCUCCAAGAAUUGUGUCAUACAUUUCUGUAACUCAGGCAGCUGAACCGAUUUCUGCAUUACGAUUUGUAUUUAUGAUAUCAGCAUAAAUCUAAGCAUAGUCAAUCCAUAGCCAGGUAGUACUAGAUAAUCUUGCGUUAUAGUAUUGUCAGUAGACUUUUGAAAGAAAGCCUUAUGAAAUGUUAAAACCUCAGUUUAUUCUAGUUCAGUUAAUUAAUCCAAAAA